UGUAUAGGUACACAUCUUUAACAUUUGAUAAGUAAAAUUCUUGGUUAGAUUUCGAACCUGUGAACAUAUAUCUGCUGAUGCCGAAAGCGUAUUCAUUUAUAUAACGUCAGUGAAAACGAAUAUCCAGUUUUGACUAUCCUCAAAAGUAGAUUCCGUAAAGGGUAAAACAGCUGUUCAAAAAUAAGAAGAAUGGACCACCGGAAAUCAGUGACUGUACCAGGUAGCCCUACAGAAACCAUCCGCCAUUCACACACUUUGGUUCCAAAUGUAAGCAUUUAUAGCGAGACGCCACACGGCAGUGCUCCUGUCAUGUGGUUGCAGUCUGUGAAGAAACCAGACAAUCGAGUGAUCGAUGAACUAGAAAGUCUAGUUGUUGAUUUUGAAUUACAACUGCUGUGUAGAAGUUCAGUGAUUCCGAUGCUACCAGUAGAGAAAAACGUUGUGGAAACAGAUUUGUCUUUACAGCAUAGUCGAAGUCAGGACCAAACAUUUCUUUUGACGUUGCCUCAGAGUACGUCGUGUUACCUUUGAGGUUCUCUGUAGUCCAGUUUUCGAUAUGACAUAUAAUCUUUAACCACACUAUUUAUGAUAGAAACACAUCCAGAUUGUUUUGUAUUGCGCUGUCAUGGUGUCACAGCAAAACACGAUAGUGGGCAUCUUAUGAAUGUAUUCUAAUGACGGCAUAACCAAUGGCGAGAUAUACACAGGACAAAUCUUACGAACCGUUGCUAUCAUAAGUAGGAUGCAAGUACGAAAAGAAUAUCUUACAUCCCCUCUUUUUUAUAAGCUCAAAACACUAACCAACAAAAGAAAAUAUUGUUAUGUUAUUGUCCAUUCUGUUAUGGAUUAAAGCAGCUGACUAUUAAACAUUGUCAUAAACAAAUAAAAGUCAUUUCAAUGUUUCAAUGAUAAAACGUUCCUGCGGGUAUACUGCUACAGUUUUGAGUCAUUCAAAGUUUUAAUGGCUUAAAGAUUGCCCGACUUCUCGAUGAUGGGUAGGCAAUUGGUUGUGGAUGGUUCACUAGGACCACAGGCGUAACCUCAGACUGUGGAGAUGUAGUCUCUACAUGGGUUUUGCUCAGCUGGACUAUUGUUGCCUUUAGAAGCCAGAUGAUCUCCUGGUACACUGGAGAGAAUCUCAUUCGUGGAGAUGCAGAGUAUGAACGAGGUGUGUUGGCGUAACCUGUCCCGACACCUGGUGUCAAUCCUUUCCUUGUCUCACUCUCACACUGUCAUGUCCAUUUAGUGCAGCCCUUGGAUGUGAACAUCUGUCAUAGUAAUGCUUUUGACGCAUUUUAGAAUCCACCAUUCCCUGUGCACACUUUCACAGCUGAUGACCUUUGGUUUUAGUAAAUCUGGAUGACUGUUGGGCAGGAGAUCCCAUGUCACUAAAUGGAGUGAUUCGAUAUGAAGUAGAGACCAAUAAGGAUCAUCGCCACUUAGCUUAGCUUUAAGCAGUAGUCGUUUCACGGUCUGUACAGAUUUUUCAGCUAGACCAUUUGCUUGAGGAUACAAGAGUGAGGAGGUAAUAUGUACAAAGUCUCUGAAUUCCACUGAUGCAUACUGCGGCCCAUUAUCACUUCCGCCUGGUACACCAUGCCAUGCAAACAUCGACUUCAUGUGAGUAAUGACAGUCUUUGAAUUUGUGUUUGACAGUAAAGCAAUCUCUAUAUAUCGACUGUAGUAAUCAACUACCAGAAGAUAGUCAAGUCCAUUCAACUGGAACAAAACAGUUGCUACGAACUGCCAUGGUAACUUAGGAAUUUCACUGGGUAUCAUCGGUUCCUUGCACUGUUUCAUCCUGUGCCACCAUUCUCAACAGUUCUCUCAAUGUCAGCUAUCAUACCUUGCACUCUCUCCUUGCACUUGACAAUUCCCAUAUGGCCUGUAUGUAUCCUCUCUAACAGCUCCUUUCUCAUGGAAAUUGGAAUGACAAUUUUAUCACCCUUGCAGAUAAUUCCAUCCAUACCUCAAUUGCUUGAUACUGCUUGGAUAAUCAAAUUCUUACGCCAUCCAUUCAUGAUUAUCUUCGCAAGCAUCAAAUGUUGACCAUCCCCACUAAUUUCUUUUCUUUUCUGAUCUCUUACAGCUUCUUGUCAGAUACUGGUAGGCUGCUUGUUACCAUGUGCGCAUAUGACUCUUAAUCAACAGACAGGUCGUCUUUGUUUGACGAAGAUUCUGUGAAAUGUCUGCUACAGGAACAUUCUUCCAAGGUCCUUCGGAAAGUGAUGUUAGACUGUCUCCAGAGAGCUUCCCAGGACGCACACAAGACCAUUGCUUUUCCAGCUCUCGGUACUGGAAACCUGGGGUACCCAAAGGACGUAGUUGCCCAAACCAUGAUAGAAACUGCUCAACAGUUUCACCAAAACAACCCUGAAUCUCCUCUUGAGAAAGUGAACAUUGUGGUGCAUAAUGAUGAUGCUACGAUAUUUGAGGCUUUCCAACGCGUGAAAGAAAAAACCGACGAAGAAAUGAAGAGGAGAAUCUCUUUCAACACCCGCAGAAACAACAGAGUCUUUGAUAUUGAUGCCAUGGAAGGAGCUACAAGGGAGACAACUGGGUCACAGCCAUCACAACUGGCAAGACAGGUUACUCUUCACGUGUCCUCCGAUGACAUCCGUCAUGUGGAAACAGCUUCCAGACUGUUGGACACGUUUUGUAAAGAAGCUAUUACAACACAAUGUAAUUCAUAUGACAGUUUGAAAACUAUGAAUCAACGACAGCAGGAUAAAAUUCGGAAACUGAGUUUAAAGCACUCAAUUUCUGUUGACUUCGACCCCAUGACUGGCGAAGUUAAACUAGAAGGUCUGAAAUCGGACGUGAUGGAUGCCAUGGUCUCAGUUCACACCACAUGUAACGACAUCCUUUUACAAAAACAACGGGAUGAAAAGGCCAAACUCAUCUCGUCCUACGUGAGGUGGGAAUACACUCAUGUGUCAGGCACAGGUGCGAUUUCUCAUUAUGAUAAAUUCAUCAACCAAAAGAUUGAAAAAGCCUAUAUGGCCAAGAAGGAUUUUCUCUACCUACCAGUCAUCGAUGGCAACGAGUAUGUUCUUGAUUUUAAGAAAAUGGAAGAAAUCGAUCGGAAUAAUCAGGAAGAUCGGGUUCGUGUCAUCAGGAAAGAUUUAACAGAAGGGACAAUAUUUGAAACACCUUCGUACUGGUCUCCAGUGGACACAGAAUGUGAAAUGAUUGAACUCAAGAAGAAAACGAGCGAAUACAGGAAAGUUGAGGAGGCAUUUUCAAACAGUGUCGGAAGACAAAUAACAAUCCUCAAGAUAAAGCGGAUUCAGGCUCAGUGGUUAUGGAAACUUUAUGUGAUAAAGAGACAACAUCUAGAAAAACAACAACAACAGAAUCCAGCUGCAGAAGUCAAUACUGAACGCGUACUCUGGCACGGUACAAGCAUGGAUGCAAUUCCGUGUAUAGCAAAGAAUGGUUUCAAUCGCAGCUAUAGUGGAAAGAAUGCGACCGCAUUCGGAAAGGGUGUGUACUUUGCAGUCAGCGCUUCUGUCUCUGACAAGGACAAGUAUUCUGAGCCAGACAGUCAGGGUCACAAGCACAUGUUCCAGGCCCGAGUCCUCACGGGAAAUUACUGUAAGGGACGAAUGAAAUGAAUGUUCCACCGAUGAUAGAUUCGGAGAAUCAAACAUUCUAUGAUUCGGUGGUGGAUAACACCGAAGCUCCCGUCAUGUUCAUCAUUUUCCAUGAUGCCCAAGCAUAUCCAGAAUAUCUUAUCACCUACAACUGAUACCCCCAGCAUAUCUAAAAUACCAUGUCAGUGACGCCCAACAUUAUCCAGUAUAUUAUAUAUAU